AUGCAUCCAAGCUACAAUUCACGCAGUCAAGACAAUGACGUAGCCGUUUUGCGUUCAGCGAACACCUUCUCAUUCAAUAACAAUGUUCGCGCUGGCAACAUUGCGGGCUCUAAUUAUAACCUGGGUGACAAUCAAGUAGUAUGGGCUAUCGGAUGGGGCACAACUUCUUCCGGCGGGCCUCCCUCUGACCAACUGCGGCACGUACAAAUCUGGACCAUAAAUCAGGCUAUAUGUAGACAACGUUACGCGACGGUCGGCAAUACUAUCACUGACAACAUGUUGUGCUCCGGUUGGCUCGACGUUGGCGGUCGCGACCAGUGUCAGGGUGACUCUGGCGGUCCACUUAUCCACAACAACGUCGUCGUUGGUGUCUGCUCUUGGGGGCGUGGCUGUGCACAAGCAUUCUUCCCCGGUGUUAACGCCCGUGUAUCCCGUUUCACAAGUUGGAUUCAAGGAAAUGCU